AUGCCUAGAAAAUCAGACAAGUUCAACGCCCUAAUCCAGUGGGCAACAUCCAAUGGAACAAUCAUUUCUCCAAAUAUAACAUUCCAAGAAAUCUCAUCCCACAAUAAUGGAGCAACCUACACGGCACCGACCGAUGGAAAUACGGAUCUCUUAUCCAUCCCCAGCCUGAUACUUAUCACUUCCGAGACUGCUAUUGACUAUUUCAAACCUUGGGGAAAGGAAGUGAGUGAAAAGACAAUAAAUGUGAAUUCUCUCUUGAAAUUAUACUUAUGUCAUGUUUGUUCAACAGACACAACCAAUAAUGAAUUUAGCGCAUAUUUCAAUAUAUUACCCACUUUGACAGAGAUUGGAUCUCCAUAUACAUGGACGCCCGGGGAUAAAGAACUCCUCAAGGGUACAAAUCUUGGAAAUAGUCUAAACGAAACCCUAGCCCAAUUAAUCGAAGAAUGGUGGCAAUUAAUCAAUCUAAUCCCACAAGAUUAUCAAAAGCCAAGUCAACAUUUUGUUAAUAUGAAAUUUUAUUAUGAAUAUAAGUUUUAUACCCUGGAUGAUUAUUAUAAAUAUUUCCAGGAAUAUGAUGAGACCAAUUGGACUAGUUUUGUGAAUUAUUUAUGGGCCAGUUUGGUGUUGAAAUCAAGAUCGUUCCCGGCAUAUCUUACAAACAACCUUUCAUUUGCCAAAGAUAGUGCGAUGUUGGUUCCGGUGUUGGAUAUGUUGAAUCAUAACCCCAAGGCACGAGUGGUUUGGGGAUUCGAAGAUGGGUGUUUUAAGUUUAGGAAUGAAGACGGUGGGAAAGUUGGAGAAGAGGUUUAUAAUAACUAUGGAAGAAAGGGAAAUGAGGAAUUGUUGUUGGCGUAUGGGUUUUGUUUUGAGGAGAAUGAAUCGGAUUCGGUGGCUUUGAAGAUUAAGAUACCUGAAGAGAUGUUGGCAGAUAUUCAGAAAAAUGGAGUUAAGUUGCCUACUACUAGUGAUUAUACUACUUCAGUUGUACGCGAUGAAGAUAAGAAGGAAGAAGGAGAAGAAGCUAAGGUUGAAGAUUAUAAGGAUGGAGUUUUAUUCUUCAUAACUAAGGAUCACAUACCUGAGAAUCUUAUUCAAACAUUCCAAUAUUUAGUUAGAAAUGAAUUAGAAGAAGAAUCUGACGAAGGUAUGACAUUAAGAAUGAAAUUUGCUGGAUUGAAUCAUUUACGUGCAGCCUUAGAUCAAAAGAAGAAAAUGUUAAAAGGUGGAGACAUACCAAAAGAUUCAAACCAAAUUCAUAAAUAUAUCAAAUGGUAUAUUAAUUCUCAAACUAAAAUCUAUGAAUCUUCAAUUUCUAAAAUUAAACAAAUUGAAAAGGAUUUAUUAAAGGAACAUAAAUCCGAUUUGAUAACUUUGAAAAAUGUAUAUAAGAAGGAUAUCAAAUUUCAACAAUCAUUACUUUUAUCAUUGGGAUUCCCAAGUUAUGAAUCUAUUAUUGAGAAUCAAUUUCAAGAUCAAUGUUGGUUAUUAUGGUUAAUGCGUUGUUUUAAUCAGGAUGAAUAUGCCAAUGAAAUGGAAUCAGAACAAUAUUUACCUGAAUGGAUUCAAGAAUUGUUUAAAAAGGUUCAACAACAAACUAAGAUUGAUCCACAAGUGAUUGUUAAUUAUCAACCAAUUUAUGAAAUGUUAUUCCCAGAUAUAUCUACUGCAGUACCUGAAAUAUAUGGAAAGGGGAAAUGGACAGUUGAUGAAAUGAUUAUUGCUGCAAAAGUAUUAGAUCUUAUUAGUUUCACAAGAGGGAAAGAUCAAGAAUGUAUAUUAGUAAAACAAGACAAGUAA